GGUGAAUUUCCAAGUGCCCGCCCAGAUUUUUUUUCCUUUUGGUCAACUUACCACAACAGCAAAGAAGCCCAGCACUCGUUGAUCAGCAACAUCACGAGUAGCCGCCACCAUGGGUAUCGAUCUCAAGAAGCACCACGUGCGGAGCACCCACCGCAAGGCCCCUAAGAGCGACAAUGUCUACCUGAAGCUCCUCGUGAAGCUCUACCGCUUCCUGGCUCGCCGUACCGACUCGAGCUUCAACAAGGUUGUCCUGCGCCGCCUCUUCAUGUCGCGCACCAACCGCCCUCCCGUCUCGCUCUCGCGCAUUUCCGGCAACCUGAAGAACGGCAACGAGAAGAAGACCGUCGUCGUCGUCGGCACCGUCACCGAUGACAACCGCCUGGUCGAGACCCCCAAGGCCACGGUCGCGGCCCUCCGCUUCACGGCCACCGCCCGCGCCCGUCUCCUCGCUGCCGGCGGCCAGGCUCUGACCCUAGACCAGCUGGCGCUCGAGAAGCCCACGGGUGCCAACACCCUGCUGCUCCGCGGCCCCAAGAACGCCCGCGAGGCCGUCAAGCACUUUGGCUUCGGUCCCCACAAGCACAAGAAGCCCUACCUCCAGUCCAAGGGCCGCAAGUUCGAGAAGGCUCGUGGUCGCAGACGAUCGCGCGGUUUCAAGGUCUAAAUGGACCUUGCAGCCUCCUCACAACACUACCCCCUCCUGUUCUUUAUCGACGGCUUCUUCUUUUUUUGCUGGUUACUGGGACGGCUGCGGAAAAGCGCAGCUACUUCUCUUUCAGGGUUGGGCGCUGUUUGCUGCCUCCGCGGGGUUUCUUUUGCUGGUACGCAACAAUGGAGUUGGCAUGGUUCGGCGUGGAAAAAUGGUCAUACCAGAAGGUCAAAAUGCAAAUGAAUUGAGAUGCCUCGAUGUCCAC